GCUGACCGUGGAAGCAGUCACUCACUCAUCUCUGUAAACCAUGAAAUCCUCCACUUUAAUACUCAUUAUUGUAGGACUAGUCUAUGCAGCCAAUGUCUUAGUUCAAGCUUCACCGUAUCCCAGAGAUCAACAAGAAGUGCUUUCAUUGCUGCUAAGUGGGUGGUGCAGAAACGACUCUGUCGACAAUGCAACCCAAUAUUGCACUUGGUCUGGUAUCACUUGCGACCCCGCUGGACAGAUUACUCAAAUUACUCUUUCUGAUCAUUAUUGUGAAUAUUGUGAAUAUUGUCCAAUCUGGUUAUUGGAGAAUUUCAACUGGUCUUGCUUUCCAAACUUAGUCCAUCUGAAUCUUUCCUGUGCCAGGCUUUAUGGAGUUAUUCCAUCUCACAUAGGUACUCUUCCAAAGCUCACCCACCUUCACCUUUCCAAAAAUUAUCUAACAGGCCAAUUACCUCUUUCAAUUGCCAACCUCUCCAGUUUGAUGGUGUUUGAUCUUUCUUAUAAUGACCUAUCUGGUUCUAUUCCAAGAGAAUUGGGUAGUUUAAAGAAUCUUAUUGCAUUAAAUUUGAGCCAUAACCAUUUUAGCGAUCCAAUUCCUUCAACUGUUGCUCUUUUUUCCAACCUCACUCAUCUAAAUAUGUCAUCUAAUCAAAUUAAUGGGUCUAUUCCAAUUGAUUUAGGAAAGCUGAAGAACAUGGUUUCUCUUGACCUGUCUGACAACAGGCUCCAAGGACACCUCCCAUCCAGUAUAUUCCACCUGAACAGAUUGACUUCCCUAUCAUUUUCCUACAACAAAAUCAAUGGUUCCAUACCUCCGGCUUUGGGUGAUCUAACCAAUUUGGUGGAGUUGGACCUUAGUUCAAACGAAAUUGAUGGCCCACUCCCUCUGGAAAUUAGAAAACUAAGAAACCUAGAGUCGUUAGUCCUUAGCCAAAAUCAAUUGAUUGGUUGCAUUCCAUUAGAAAUUGCAAAUUUGAAGAACUUAACAUUUCUGGAUGUUAGUUUCAACAAACUCAGUUGUCCAAUUAUGCUAAUUCUUACGGCUUUACAAUCAAUUGAAGUUCUUUGGCUAGGUUCAAAUAGAAUAUAUGGUUCCAUGGAUUCAAAUAUUGUAAAGCUCAGAAAGCUGAAUUUCUUGAACUUGUCAUAUAACUGGAUAUCAGGGAUCAUACCUUCUGAAUUUGCCCGCAUGACAAAAUUAAAGUAUUUGGAUCUUUCUUACAACUCUUUAGAGUGUCCAACCGGCGGCAAAGAGCUUGACAUCGUUCAUUUCUACGAUCCCCUUCAUUGCCCCGAGUCUACCCCUCAAGUUGCGAUCAUUAUUUGCGUCGUCUUGGCCUUCUAUGCCUUUUCUUUGAUCAAUUUAUUCCUGUUGGCCGAUAAGUGUCUUUUCAAAACUAGACAAGUCCAAGCUACUAAACGAGCUUCAAAAAAUGGUGAUAUAUUGUCGGUAUGGAAUUAUGAUGGGAAAAUUGCAUUUGAAGAUAUCCUAAAAGCAACGGAAGAUUUUGACAUUCGAUAUUGCAUUGGAACAGGUGGUUACGGUAGUGUAUACAGAGCACAACUACCUAGUGGCCAAGUAGUUGCCUUGAAGAAGCUUCACAGUUCAGAGGCAGAAGAAGUAUCAUUCAGAAAGAGUUUUGAGAAUGAGGUAGAAACGUUGACUAAAAUUCGUCACAAAAAUAUCAUAAGACUCUAUGGAUUCUGUUUGAACAAAAGAAGCAUGUUUUUGAUUUACGAGUAUAUGGAAAGAGGAAGCUUGUUUUGUGUUCUAAGCGAUGAUUUAGAAGCUGUGGAAUUAGAUUGGAGUAAGAGAAUUAACGUCAUCAAGGGCAUAGCUUAUGCAUUGUCUUACAUGCAUCAUGAUUGCACUCCUCCAAUGGUUCAUCGUGAUGUAAAGAGCACCAACAUCUUAUUGAACUCAGAAUUUGAGGCUUUUGUGUCUGAUUAUGGAACCGCUAGAUUACUUGAUCCCGAUACUUCCAAUCGAACCAUGAUUGCUGGUACAUACGGCUAUAUUGCUCCAGAAUUUGCCUACACCAUGGCCAUAACGGAAAAAUGUGACGUUUAUAGCUUUGGUGUAGUGGUACUCGAAACGUUAAUGGGUAAGCACCCUGGAGAAUUUUUGUCGUCAUUGUCAUCUUCAUCAUCGUCAAUUCAAAAUAUGUUGCUGACUGAAAUAAUAGACCAUCGCCCAUCACCGCCAAGAAAUCGGAUUGUUGAAAGUGAUAUUGUUCUUAUUACUACGCUGGGAUUUGCCUGCCUAAAUGCCAAACCAAUGUAUCGACCAACAAUGAAGCUAGUUUCUCAACAACUUCUUGCUCGCAAACGAUUGUUAGCCAAGCGUUUUAGUGAUAUUUCACUUGGACAGCUAAUGUUCCCAGCUGAAAUUUUACUAGAAAUUGAAAAUAAGAUUAGUUGAAUUCAUUAAAGGGUAGGUAACUAUUUGGUACUAUGUGUUUUUGCAAAAUAUCAUUUUGGUACCAUGUAUUUUUAAUAAUGCUCAUAUGGUACCAUGUAUUUUAAAUCGUACAUAUUUGGUACCUUAAACUCAAAUUUAAUUAAUAAAAUUUUACUAAUUUAAUCAAACUGCUGUCAAUUAUGUAAGUUCUAAAUUUAAAUUUAAUUACUUAAUUACAUAUAACUCAUGACAGUUUGAUCAUAUUAACAAAAUUUUAUCUAUCAAAUCUAAGUCUAGGGUAUCAAAUAUGUAUAGUUUUAAAAUACAAGGUACCAUAUGAUCAUUAUUGAAAAUAGAGGGUACAAAAAUGAUACUUUGCAAUAACAUAGGGUACCAAAUGAGUAAAGAUGUUUUAAAUUCAAAGAUGUUUCUUGCAACUUAUCACCAUGCUCUACUUUGGAAUUUAUAAUAUCAUCUCCACUUUUUCAA